AUGUCCUCAAACGUGGGCCUCUCCACCCCGCGCGGGAGCGGUACAUCAGGCUACGUUCAAAAGAACCACGCCUUCCUCAAACCGCGCAACUUUGGCUCCGGCGCACCAUACCCACCGCCCUCAACCUCGUCAAAAGAUUUCGGCUCAGAAGCCUCGGGGGGGUUUAGGCACCGACAGCCCGAUAAGGCGAUUCUCGAGCAUGAAGCGAAGCGCGAGAUUGAGGUGAAGGUUCUUGAGGAGCGGGAACGGCUUGAGGAGGAGGAUGAGGAAAGGGAGGAGGGGAAGAGAGAGGGUGAUGUUUUGGGAGAGGAGGAGAUUGACAAGAGGUGCGAGGAGCUCAGGGAGAGGUUGACAAAGGAGUUGGAGGAGGGGAGAGGGAGGACCGGCAAUGCGGGGAGGAAUGGUGCUGGCAGGAAGGGGUUCAAGGCGUAUCAGGUGCAUGAGGCGGCGGAGGCUAAGAUUCGCGAGAGUGAGCGGUUCAAGAGGGCGUUGGGGAUCAGGGGAGACGGAAAUAAUGCUCCUGCUGAGCGGGGUGGAGAGAGAGGGAGUGCGAGGGAAGAGGUUGAAAAGAGGAGAGAGCGAGAGAGGCAACGGGAGAGCGAGCGUGAUUGA